AUGAGCGCCGAACUCUUCCGGGACACCGCCGUUGGCGCUGUCCUGCGGUACAUCACCAAGAACCGCGUCCUCCAGUUCCCCGAAGAACGCGCCGACUUCCAGAUCCCCGAGCUGUGGCAGCAGAUGCUCAACGGCGAGGUCGACGUGUCCGAUGACGUCGACGGCAACGAGACCGACAUUAACGAAAAGGACAAGGGCGGCGAUGCGGCGGGAGCUGGUACGUCGUCCGACGACGAGAAGCAAGGAAACGAUGCCUCACAUGGCAACAACAACGACGAGGAGAAUGGCGGCGCAUCGGGCGACAGCGACCCGUACGCGGCUCUUCGGCGUGCCUCGACAGCACGCUCACGCGGUGCGGGUUCGCUGCAGCACCAACGCUCGCGCGAGGAGACGCUGCCCUACACGCAGGCGCGUCUCGACGUGGAGAAUGUGGCCUCCGUCGAGCGCACCCAGUCGCAGGUCGUGGUGCCGCGCCUCGUCAAGACCAGGACCGGCACCAAGAGCAACGGCGCCGGCCAGCCCGCCGCGCACACCUACGAGACGGCCAUUGUCGUCGACUGGUACUCCACAGACGACCGGUCCAACCCGCAAAACUGGCGCCUGAGACGCCGCAUCGGCGUCGGCUUCAUCAUCUGGCUGUACACCUUCUGCGUCUACAUGUCCUCGGCCAUCUACACCAACUCGGAGCAGGGUGUCAUGGAGACCUUUGGCGUCGACGCCACGAACGCGGCGCUCGGCCUCAGCAUCUUUGUGCUGGGCUACGGCGUCGGCCCGCUCAUCUUCUCCCCGCUCUCUGAGAUCCCGUCCAUUGGCCGCAACCCGGUAUAUGCGGUCACCAUGAUCUUCUUUGUCAUUUUCUCGCUGCCCGCGUCGCUCGCCUACGGCAACUUGCCCGGGGGUUUCAGCAGCGGCAACUUUGGCGGCUUCAUUAUGCUUCGCUUCCUGCAGGGCUUCUUCGGCUCGCCGUGUCUGGCGUCCGGCGCCGCCUCGCUCGGCGACAUGUUCUCGCUGCUGCACCUGCCCUACGCCCUGGCCGGCUGGGUGUCUGCCGGCUUCUCGGCGCCAGCGCUCGGCCCGCUGCUGUCCGGCUACUCCGUCCCCGCCAAGGGCUGGCGCUGGUCCAUGCUCGAGAUCCUGUGGGCUGCGGCCCCUUGCACCAUUGUGAUGUUGCUCUUCCUGCCCGAGACCUCGGCCCCCAACAUCCUGCUGCGCCGCGCCCGCCGCCUGCGCAAGAUCACGGGCUCGGACCGCUUCCGCGCGCCCUCGGAGCUCGCCGACUACAACGAGCUCGGCGUGCAGACCGACGGCAAGCCCAAGCAGAGCGCGCGCAGCAAGGCGUUUGCGGUGCUCAUUGACGCCCUCAUCAAGCCCAUUGAGAUCACCCUCAAGGACCCGGCCGUGCUGUUUGUCCAGGUCUACUCGGCCAUUGUCUACGGCAUCUACUACUCCUUCUUCGAGGCCUUCCCGCUCGUCUACCCGGUUGCCUACGGCAUGUCGCCCGGCCAGGUCGGCCUGGUCUUUACGUGCAUCCUGGUGGCCUGCCUCCUCGGCAUCGCCAUGUACUGCCUCUACGUCUACUUCAUCCUCAACCGCAAGAUCGCCCGCACGGGCCAGUUCCCGCCCAACGAGGACCGCCUGAUCCCGGCCAUGCUGGCCGCGUUCGGCCCGACGUUUGGCCUCUUCAUCUUUGGCUGGACCGCCGAGCACGCGCCCAAGGUGCCCUGGAUCGCGCCCACCAUCGGCAUCACCCUCUACGGCGCCACCGUCUUUGUCGUCCUGCAGUGCAUCUUCGUCUACAUCCCGCUGUCGUACCCCAUGUACGCCGCCAGCCUGUUUGCCGCCAACGACUUCUUCCGGUCCGCCUUUGCCACCGGCUCCAUCCUUUUUGGCCGCCCGCUGUUUAUGAAUCUCGGCAUCGGCCGCGGCACCUCUGUGCUAGGUGGCCUGUCGGUCAUUGGCAUCGUCGGCAUCUGGCUGCUGUACUUUUACGGCGCCCGUCUCCGUGCCAUGUCCAAGUUUGCUGUGUCGUAA